CACCACUACUUCCACUGCUCUCUCUCGCUCACAACUGAACAGAAUGGCCGAAUGCUCAUUUGGUUUGGUUGGAAAGGGAUAUGUUCUUAUCGCCUCCGAUACAUCGGCCAGCCGGUCAAUUGUCAAGAUGAAGGAAAAUGAGGACAAGAUCAAGGGUUUGGGGCCAAACCUCAUGAUGGCAUAUGGUGGUGAACCUGGCGACACUAUCCAAUUCGCCGAGUACGUGGAACGCAAUCUGCGUCUCUAUCACAUUCGUCACAACCACACCCUCCGUCCUGCCUCAGCUGCUGCGUGGAUUCGCCGAUCUCUCGCAGACUCGUUACGCUCUCGCCACCCUUACUCUGUCAAUCUUAUACUGGGUGGUUAUGACCAUACUUCAUCAAUGCCAAAUCUUUACUGGAUAGACUACCUGGGCACGAUGGUAGAGGUACCAUUUGCGGCCCACGGGUAUGGUGCAUACUUUGCCCUGGCCACCCUUGACAGGUUCCAUGAUCCGGAGGCAACACUGGAGGAGGGUUUGGAGACCUUGAAAAGAUGCAUCAAUGAAGUGGAGAAACGCCUCAUUAUCAGUUUGGGCAAGUUCAUGGUCAAGAUCAUUGAUCGUAAUGGCAUGAGAGAGGUAGAGCUGUAAUUCAGACCGCACCGUGGCCAGGUGGGAUAAUGUAACUCUCAUCGCCCCAAACG